UUUCUCUCAAUGAUUGUGUGGUGCACAGCUGGGAAACAUGUGAACCUUAUUCCCAAAGAGUGGACUCUUCCUAACACUGCCAUGUUGGAUGGAACUGGCUCUGGGCUCUCCGGUGGCUCUACUUCCCAGGAAAGUUUUUAAUGUUUUCAGUCUUGGUUGUGUCGCUGCAGCUUUAGCCUUAAUUUAAAGAGGAGCGGGACAUUUUACUGCAUUCCUAAACCGCAUACAUUUUUGGCACCCCAGUCUUGUGGACUUUCGGGAUAAACCGAACCGGUGUAAGGGGGUCGGAGGAAGGCCACGGAUGACCGAGGGAUUGUUUAUGUAUUUAAAUCUCACGUAACGAGUUAAGAGUCGUGGUAUACUUUAUAAACUGAUAACUCAUAAUGAGUGGACCUCCGCCGCAACGGCGGCAAACAAAUGUCGGUUCGAUACUACUGACACCGCAGGAAAAUGAACACAUUUUCAACCACCUUGGCAGGAAAUGCAUCUCAUUGUCUGCAGCAGUGGUCCAGGUGUUCACAGCAGACAGGAACUCCAGCUGGAACAAGAAAUGCUGUGGGGUGGCCUGUCUGGUCAAAGACAACCCCCAACGAUCCUACUUCAUCAGGGUCUUUGACAUCAGGGAUGGUAAGGUGAUGUUUGAACAGGAACUGUACACCAACUUCAGCGUCCAAUCUCCCAAACCAUUCUUCAUCACAUUUGCUGGAGAUACAUGCCAAGUGGCUCUGAACUUUGCCAAUGAGGAGGAGACCAAGCGUUUCCAAGGUCAAGUGACAGACCUAAUGGGGAAAAGACAGAGGAAAACUGAGAAGAGACGCGACCCUCAGAAUGGCCCUGCGCUGCUCAUGGCCACUGUCGACAUCAAAAACCCCGAGAUCAACAGUGGUCAGCGCUACCAUAGCAACUCUCAGGUGAACAACAUUGUGCAUUCCUCCUUUCCCAAGAGGGAGAAGAAGGGCACCAAGGGGAAGAGGAAGAGGUUGACAAAGGCAGACAUCGGCACACCAAGCAACUUCCAGCAUAUUGGGCAUGUAGGAUGGGAUCCAAACACAGGCUUUGAUUUGAAUAACUUGGACCCAGAGCUGAAGAACCUGUUUGAUAUGUGUGGCAUUUCUGAGGCUCAGCUGAAGGACAAGGAGACCUCUAAGGUCAUCUAUGACUUCAUUGAGGGGAACGGAGGAGUAGAGGCUGUCAAAAAUGAGCUACGGAGACAAGCUCCUCCACCCCCUCCAUCCAGAGGGGGCCAUCCUCUCGCACCCUCACACCACAGCUCAGCCCCUCCUCCCCCUCCUCCUUCCCGAGGGCGAGGUGCCCCACCACCUCCUCCCCCCUCCAGAGCUCCCCCUCUGCUGCCCAUGGAGGCUAAUGGAGGGGACAGCGGACCCGGAGGCAAGUCGGCACUGCUGAAUCAAAUCAAAGAAGGCGCCCAGCUGAAGAAGGUGGAGCCGAAAGAGAGGCCCGUGUCCAGCACCGGUAGAGACGCGCUUCUGGAUCAAAUUCGACAAGGAGUGCAGCUUAAAGCAAGGGAUGACAACACAGAUUCAACUCCUACCACCCCGGGCUCCUCGACAGGCAUUGUAGGGGCCCUGAUGGAGGCAAUGCAGAAAAGGAGCAUGGCUAUUCACUCUUCAGAAGAGGAUGAUGACGAUGAAGAUGAUGAGGAUUUUGAGGAUGAAGAUGAAUGGGAUGACUAGAAUUGUUUUUUCCACCUCUAUACCAUAACGGAUGGUUAUAACACUAAAAGUUGUUCUUGUCUUUCUAAAAAGAAAUCUUCAGUUUUAAAAUGAUAAAUGUAAAUGUUAUAUCAAUUUGCUGUAUAUUUUUGUUGCCUUUAUGCUUUUUUCUUAUUAAUUUGUGCAAUACCUCAUUUAAUCUGUAAAUGUUUGCCAUUCUCAUAUCUUGUUGCUUCGUUCUCUUCGUCAUGUCUGUCUGUGUUCCUCUUGGCUCCAUCUCUGUCUCUAGAUCUGUUUUCCAUCUCUGCAUUUUUUUUUUUCCUCCUCCGCCCACCUUCCCAACUUUUUGAUGUAUUUAUCACCUCCAUCUGUCACUCAGCUUCCCAGCACACGUAUUCCCUCCCUGUCACUCUCCCAUGUUCCCACAUUAAUGUACAUCAAGUUGUCUCUUGAACCUUAAAAUUGAUUUUUUUUAAUUAUUUUUUUUAACCAGUUGUCAGGGAUUGAAUUGGAGGGCUUAUGAAAUUACUUGACACAAAUCCUUCAUCAGUUGUAUCAUCGUUGUUCGUCAGGAGGAAAGAAAUUGAACUAUUUUCAUACCCUUUUGCUCUGUAGCUUAUUUUUACUUAUUAAAAUGAUCCUAGUUUAACAGUCAUAUUUUCUUAAAACAAAGAAGCAAAUAAGAAAAAGAUCUUUUUGGGAUAUAUAGCUUCACUUUCUGUCAUCUGUAAAUUUGAGUCUUGUUAUAUUUUUGCACAGAUUGAAAGAGACUCGAUGCAUAAAUACGGGACAUUUUCAGGUCUGUAUCAUUAUGGAACAUACAUAGGCUUUAAGCAGUGAGGCAACAUAAACUUGGAUGUUAAGCAUUUUUAAUCGUUAACACACAACACUACACACAGUUAACACAGGGAGGUAGCCCACAGUGUUGUAGGCGGCUAUCUGUUGUGAAUUUUAGGGUUUUCAUGUAUUUUGGUCACCGUCACACUACAGUUUUUUUUUUUUUCUUGUUCUAUCUUCUUUUUUUUUUUUUUUUUACCAUAGGAAGCAGAAUAUUAAUAAAUGCCUGAUUGUUGGAAUCAGGUAAUUGAUCAUGUAAAACCUGAGGAAUAAAGACAUUUUAGUUUUACACAUCUGAUGCUUAUUAUGGGUCUGUAUGGUAAGUUACUGUACAGAAACUGUGGGACUAAAGUAGCAUUCUUCCUGUUAUAGAUACUAAGCGCUGACACAGUGUGGGGUGAAACAUUAGCUUCGCGACAUUAAGACAAGUAUCUGAGUAUCCUUGACUAAUCAGUAAACUGUGAGGUAACAUAGAAAUUGUUCAGUGGUCAGUUACUCCCUAGGAAGGCCAAACAUGUUGACAUGGAUUUUGUGUCAAAGCUAAAAAAUAUUUUGCAAUAAUUUUUACUAUGCUUAUAUUUAAAAGUAGAUUCAUCACUUUACUAAAUGCCAAAUUGUGACAUCAAUUACAAAAAGGAUUUUAAAAUCUGCUUCUAUAUUUUUAAUAAAAGUAGCAGCUGCAAGUCUUGGUGUAGUGCACUCAUCCAAAUUGGCUCAAGAAAGUGACUUAUUUGAAGCUGUGAUUUCAGCAGUUAAAUUAUAGCCUAAUAUGACUUAAUCUGAAUUUCUUACAAACAAACUGAAGUAGAUUUGCCUCUCUCUUUAAGGCAAGGCUGUGUAACCUUUGAUAAACAGCAACUACUGUGACUACAAGUAACAAUUAUGGGACAUUGCUAAUUUUAAAAUCUGCUAUUACAGUUGCACAAAUGAAGAGGAAUGGUGUAUGUCACAAAGCAAUAGCUAUUUAAAAUGUGUUAACUUUUCAUGGUCGUGCCCGACCAAGGAACAUAGUACCAGCAAAACCCCUGAGUGAACUGAAUUAAACAAUGGUGAAAUUAAUGGCAUAUGAAUUCAACUUUUAAUUUGUAGGAAGAAGAAUGUGUUAUUUCUUCUCUCAACAGAUCACUUAGUCUUGCUUUAAAUUUUCACACUGAAGGACACUAGAGUUGCUCACUUUUUUGUCCUUUAAUUGUGGAAUACAAAGCCUGGCCUUCCAGGGUUUCUCUAUUGCAGCCAUGUUUGCUGUUACAGCAGUCGCUAAUGUUAAAUUAUAAGUCUUCACUUGCACUUAUGAAUUUGAACCAGACUAAUAUUUUGUGUCUCUUCUCACCCUGAUAAUCCAAGAUCCAAAAGCAGGAUUUGUUGGGUGUUUCCUCUAUAAUAUUAAUAAUAGUAAAGCAUAGACCUUAUGUAAAGUGUCCUGAGAUGACUUCUGUUGUGAUUGGUGCUAUACAAAUAAAAUUGAAUUGAAAAGAGUAAUAGCAUUAAAGUACCACUAUGGCAGACCAAAAAUUCUAAUCAUAUUAAUUGAAAUUAAAUGUACCAACACUACCAUUAUUGUUAAAUUAAUGAGCUGCAUACUUAGCAGCUAGACCUGGCAAUUUAAUAUUUGACAUUCCAGUCCAAGGAAUGUUAAUUUUGCACAUGCUAAUACAGCUAAUCCACAGUGAAAGAAAAAAAAAACAACACAGGAAAAGAAAAAAGUACAGACCAUUUUUUUGCCAUUUAGCAAUAAGAGGAAUGUUUAAAUUCUGUCUUGGAGUUACACAUUGCCACUUGUUUGAUGUAAGAACUUACUUCUGUCAAAUAUCAAGAUACUUUUUGAGGAUGGAAAGCUAGCCAUGGUGUUAGUUUCUGUAGGUGACUCGGUUAAUAAAAUGUUAUGGAUGUCAAGCCUUAUCAAUGAGGCAGGACAAAUAAUGACGUCUUACAUUGUACACUCCAAUAA